GAUGGGUUUCCUGUGACUGUUUCUCAAGUCGACUGGACUGGUCACUUGCUUAGCACGCUAGCUGGCGUUUGCUCGUGCAUCCAUGGCUGCCAACUUCCAGUUUUGAAAAAGGGAUUAUGUGGUGGGUGAAACCCAACCCAAACACGUUCGCGUUAUUAACCAGAAGUGUGUACUUACUUCAUAUGAUGGUAUAUGUUAUUUGUAUUGUAUGCAUGUACUUUUUAUCGCGGUGGUAUAUUUUGGCCAACACUGAAACGGCAUGUUUUUUUCACUGCUAGCAGAGUUGGUAGCCUUGUUGUUUGGCGGCCAUUUUAGCAUUAGCAACCCCCGCGGACAUCAGUUUCCGAUUUGAACGACCAAAUGCAUGAUGUUCCGAGAAUACGCACACGGUUGUCUUUAUGAGAUGCAUGUACUUUUUUAUCGCUUUCAUGUAUUGUCGUUGUAGCUUAACACCCAAACGGCACGUCUUUGGUUAUGGCUAACACUCAAACCGCAUGUGUUUGGUUAUGGCUAACACUCAAACCGCAUGUGGCACUACUAGCAGAGUUGCUAGUCCUGUCAUUUGGCGGCCAUUUUAGCGUUAGCAACGCCCGCGGGCAUCUGCUUUGUGCUUUAUGAGUAACCAACUUUAUGCAUGAUAUUCCGAGCAUACUCAAAGGGGUUUAUUUGUGGGCAAAUAGUGUGUAUGUUGCAGCUAAAAUUAACAGUAGCUAUGUCCGAGAGUGGGGGCACGCUAGUCUGUUUAUAAUCGAGUUUCUAAGGUGUUGCGUGAGGCCACGGCCUGGCUUGGGGCACACCGACUGAAUUGUUAGACCGAAGUCUUGCAAACUAAUUGGCUAGAGCUCUAGUCUGGAAUUUCCCAUCACGACUCGCUCGCUGUCUGCACGACUACAGAAGAGUGUACCCAUGGUAUUGAGUGUGCAUGGAUAUCCACGUUUUCCCCGCUAAUUAAUUCUGGCUUUGUGUUUUUGUUAUAGCCUGCCGCCUAACCUGAUGACAAUGGAUGGCUUUGAUGAAGCCACUCGUUCGGUAUUGGAAGCUGCAAGUGUUGAUGAAUGCACCUUGAAAGCCCUUAGCCGAGAGGACUUGCAAGAUCUUUUUCCUGGCCCUGAAAACUUUCUCAGAAGGAGAAGAAUUUGGGAUUUUAUCAAUGAAAAUUCUGGAAAUAUAGACCAAGAUUCAAGUGCUUGCAGUGAAUACAGGAGCAUGCCCUCAACUACUUCUGCGUCACCAUGCCAGCUUAAAACCUCCACUCCCACAUCAGAUGAGAAAAAGAUGAAGAUGCCAGACCCUCCAGAAUAUGUCGUUUACACGGACUCAGAGUUGGAUUUGGUACGGGCUCAAUAUUUUGCACUCCUUCGGAGUGGGAAGGAAAGAGGCUUCAAGAUGUCGAAGGAGCUGUGUUGCAGAUUGAUAAGAAACACCAUAACAAGCAUGGUUGCAAUCCUUCGCGCAAGUCCGAUGGGAAAAGAAGCAAGCUAUCCCUCAAAGCUGGAAAUGAAAGUCAUGUCACAGAAAAUAAUUGAGUACUACCCCAUGCUGCGUGAUACUGAUCCAAAUAUGCCACAUCUGACGGUCUACACAAAAAUGUUCAAGCGACUCCAGAAUAUGAGAUCCCCAUGCAGGAAGAGGCAGGGCCCUGUUCUUCUGAGAGGCCCAGCAAAGACUCUCUUCAGUGAAGACCAAGACAUUGACACGGAUUUGACCGACACGAGCGGAUCGGCUGAUACGGUCAUUCUUGAGAGCAGUGAAGACCUCAGUGAUGACAAUUGCAGUGCAGUGUCCCCAGCGCGAGAUCCCCCUGUGCCAAAAAAGGCAAAGAGUGGCACCAAAGCAUCCAUUCCAUCAUCCAGGUCUUCCUCACCGGCACCCAGGACUGCAAUUGCUUCACCAACCAUGCCUGCGAAAGAUGUUGCUGAAGCGUCCCCAGCACGAGAUCCCCCUGUGCCAAAAAAGACAAAGAGUGGCACCAAAGCAUCCAUUCCAUCAUCCAGGUCUUCCUCACCGGCACCCAUGACUGUGAUUGCUUCACCAACCAUGCCUGCAAACGAUGUUGCUGCGGGUCUCGACAGUCUGAAGAUGCAGGCCAGACACUACAAAACCUUGAGCAACAUGUACAACAAGCCCAACGCAAAACCCAAUCAAAAUGAUGUGGCGCAAAUUCUGGACCUCGAGUUCGAAGCCAGACGGGCUUUUAUUGAUUCAGAUGUUACCAAGGAAGAAGACCGACCUGCAAAAAUCCUUGAUGCAUAUCCAUGCUUUAAAGAUGUUCGAAACGCCAUGGAUGAGCUACGGCGCAUAGUAGAUGGCACUAACCGCAGAUACAUCGAGGACGUAAGAGGAAGAUGGACAGAAUUCUGCACGAAGGUGCAGUUCUACAGCGUGUGGAAGAAAGUCCUCAAAACCCCCUUUUUCCUUUGGAUGUUCGCGCAGUGGUAA